CAGAAACCAGAAACGUCUUUAUGUCAUUUACGUCAAGCGUCAAGCCAAGCUCAAGCGUCUGCUAAGAUGGCGGCCGCCGAGAUUCGGAUCGUGAAUCCAGCAAAUUUAGCAAAAAUUGAGAGUUUUCUCAGUGAUCCUAGUUAUAAAGAAAUUAUAGAAAAUUCGUCAACAUUCAAUACACGACUAUGUGCCGAAAGAAGGAUGCGUAUGCCGUUUAUAGACACCCAAACAGGCGUCGCUCAGACACAUUGCAAUUUGUUUAUGAGCAGAAAGCAGCGUAUGCCGGGUCAGAAGGAGGGACAAGUUUAUACAUAUCCUGCACAGAGAUGGCGCAAAGCCCGUCGGCAGUACCUCACCAUGGCCUCCUCCCGAUGGGGCUGGAGCGGGGCAUCAGACUUGGCCGACAACACGGGGGAGGGUGAGAAUAGUUCAGGGAUACCCGGCGAGGCACUGGUCGGGGAAGACAGUCGGGAUGGAUCACAAACUGCUGCUAAGGAUGACCCUAAGGAAUGGUUCUACGACGAGCUAGCCAUUGAGGAGAUAGAAGCCGGAGAAGACCAAGAUGCGGAGUCUGACGAAGAUUACUUCGACGACACAUACGCGAACAGGCGUAAGCGGCGAGGAGGCGCCACGCCUACGGGUCCGGGGUCCCGCGGCGGGCGCACUAGGAAAUCGCAGCCGGAUGAUACGCCGGCUAAGAGAGGCAGAGCGGGCCGAGGCCGCAAGCGCGCAGGGCAAGCCACACUCCCCUACGAGGUCCCCGGCGAGGGCGACAAGCCCUUCGGAUGCGAACUGUGCGGCGCGAAAUACAAAACCCGGCCAGGCCUCACAUACCACUUCACGCACACGCACAAGGAGUCCGCGCCCGCGGCGACCAGCGACGGGGACUCCCGGGACAGCCACAGCCGCCCCGGGGCGCACACGCCGCCCGCGUCGCAGCCCCCCGCCACAGAGUACCAAGACAGUUACGUGACAUUCUUGAAUAAUCCCGGAGGGCCCGCUGCAGAUAAACCAGCAGCGGCCACCCCCGCGCGGCGCCCCACCCCGCCCCCGCGCCCCGCCUCCGCCGACACCAGCUCCUCGGACUCCGCACACGCGCCCCUCGUGCCCCCCGGCUCUUCCGUGCCCGAGCUGAAGCUGCUGCAGGACAGCGCCAUCAAGGUACAGUAUACAGUGACACCCCGCCCCCGACAACAGCUCCUCGGACUCCGCACACGCGCCCCUCGUGCCCCCCGGCUCUUCGUGCCCGAGCUGAAGCUGCUGCAGGACAGCGCCAUCAAGGCCUCACCCUCCCCCUACUGCGACUUCUGUCUCGGCGACGACCGCGAAAACAAAAAGACCGGCACACCGGAAGAGCUCGUCUCAUGCUCCGACUGCGGACGAUCAGGUCACCCAACGUGCCUGCAGUUCACGGUGAACAUGAUCGUGUCGGUGCGCAAGUACCGCUGGCAGUGCAUCGAGUGCAAGUGCUGCUCCGUGUGCGGCACCAGCGACAACGACGACCAGCUGCUGUUCUGCGACGACUGCGACCGCGGCUACCACAUGUACUGCCUCGUGCCCCCCCUCCAGAACCCGCCCGAGGGCUCCUGGUCGUGCGCGCUCUGCAUCAAGGAGUUCCACACCAAGUGAACAGGUUAAAAGUACGCUGAAUAUUACGAGGUACUUCAGCAGUUGCUGUCAGAUUAUACUAAGUUAUACGUUGCCAUAGGUUACAGGCGGGUGUGGGCGGACAUUAAAAUAUAAUGAAAGAAAAUAGGGAAUAUUAUGCAAAACUCUGCGUAGGGGGUGCCACUACCGCAAACAGUAAAUAAACUUCCUUGAUGCAUCAAUGUCGUAUUUAUUCGUAACAAAUAAUCUGUGAAAACUUGUCAAAAACUGUUUAUGACAUAGUAAGUAUAAGUUACUCUACGGUUUACGGUUGGUGCUAGUGCUGCACUCUGGCGGCAGAACAUUGCAGUCAUACUCCCUAUUAUGACCGUAUUAAAAAUAAAACUUGAGUAAGCAAGUGAUUGAUGAUUUUUCUAAGGCGUUUGAAUCAUGUCUGUAUACUAAAGAAAAUGCAAAAACAAUUCUGUAGUCGCAGAGGACCAUGGGCAACUUUGUAUGGAACUUGGUCCAAAACCAACAGAGAUGAGAUUUAGGUCAUUAUAUAGUUAUUUUUAUGUACUUUAUUUAGUUAUAUGGGCACCAAGCGGAAUUCCAUUGCAGAACAGAGAUAUUGGUAUUUUAGUCAAAAUGUCGUCACCCUUAUUACCUAGGCAAUAAAGUUCACUUAAAAUAUUGGCCAAGUAAGUAAAUGAAAUGCUGCAAGGCAGAUGUUCCAAACCGCUAGGAUAGUAUGGAUAUACUACUGGUUCCUACAACUACUCCUGGUUCGUACAUCGGAACAUAAGUAACGUUUGACCACACUUUUUCCCUUUUUAUACCAAUUAAAUUAAAUGGUCUUGGAUGACAGUAGAGCUAAAAAUUAUUGCUACAUACGUUAGUUUUAGUAAAAUGGCACUAAGUGCGGAUUGUAGACUUUAAUAUGUGUUAAAUAUAAUGAAAAGUUACGCUCACACUCGCCCAUGUCAUAGAUAUUAUAACUAGAAUAGACGUAAGGAAAUUUACUAUAAGUAUAUGUAUAAUAUACAUGGACAAUAUUUUGUACAUAGGGGCGGUAUCUGGUUUCCAUAGAGCACUCCGUGCGCUUUUCAAGACAAGUAUCAUUCACCCACCUUUUCUAGACUUUUUUGGCACUAACGGAUUGUCAGGUAAAAUAUUGUUACACAAAGCUCAUAGUUUUGAGUAUUAUUAACAUUUUUUUAAAGUAAAGGAUGUGGUUUCGAUAUAAAUUCCUUAAUUUUCCAACGUCUAUUAUAGUUGUUAGUCUAUGCAAAUGUGUAAUAAAUCUUAUGUAACUCAGUCUCGAAGUGUCUACCUCCACCGAUGCUUGCUUUAGCUAUUUAGAACCGGCGAAACGACUACACGCACGUGAGGUGUAUUUUUCCAAACAAAAGAAAAAAAAAUCCCACCAUCUAUACGCCGGAGCUCACGCUUUUUUUAUUUCGCGUGUAAAUCCUAAAUUUUAAACCCUUUUCCAGCAUAGUAAGAUUUAUAUACCACAUUACGCGCAAAUAGAAUUUCAACUUUAGCAUUCCGAUUUAAGGUUAGAUUGCACUUUCGGGAAUCACAAUUCAUCAAAGCAGGAUUAAUUGGAAUAUAUUUGGGUUUUUUUAGUAGAUUGAUCUUUUUCUUUCGUGUCGAUGUUCCCUCAAACAGUGGAUCCCCAGAAUGCAGCGAUGCUGACAGCCCUGACCGUCGCGUCCCUCAGGCCUCAGGUCAGAUUGUGAGCAGGAGGACGGUACGGUCACGCGGGGAUAUCAACGUCAUGGUUUGCGGUGCUGUAUUGCAAGCGCAAUGAGUAGAUUGAUGCGGAUGCGGCCUGGAAAAUGGUUAAACUGUUUUCUAUUAUUAUCAAACCUGUAUACAGAGGAAGCCGGGCAUACUGAAGCUUUGUUAACUCGUCGAACGGUAGGUAUAGUUUAGGAAAAAUACCCCUCGUAUCUCACCAGUAUUCAAAGCACAAAAUAUUAUGUAAACAGAUCUAAAAUGAAGAAACGACACUCUACACAUAAUAAUAUGUCAUGACGCGUUGUCUAUUCCGUUUAUAUCUGCGAAAAAUAGUAUGAGAAAUGUAACACACAUUACAGUAGAGAGUACUCUGUUUUAUUACUCUAGUAUAAGGUAAAAAACUUUACUAAAGCCCUUCUUGCGUGUGUACGUGUACAGGUUGCAAAAAAAAUGCAUUAGCAUAAUAAAUUAUAUAAAUAUUUAAAAUAUGGUGUCUUGAGUCUUGACUUGAUAAAACUUGUCGACGGUAAUACGUGAUUUUUGGUUAGACUUAUUUAUGGAUGAUAAAAAAAUCUCUUGGAAAUAUUUGUAAAAAUUACACGAAACUUUUUCGUUGGAAUAUGCUGUUCGCGUCCUCUACCGGGUUCAGGAAAUGGUGCCAUAUUGAUUUGCUUAGCUGAAGUCAAAUUCGAUGUUUAUAAUUUACUUUUGUGUUAUUUUAUGUAUCUUCAUGAAUAACACAAUAAAUACGAAAACAGUUACUCGAAGUUGACAACUAUUUAUAACUUAUCAUGACAAUAGAAUCAUAAGUGGACAGGAAUAAUCCAAUUUGAAAGAUGAGUAAAAAUUAGUUAUUAUACUUAUUAAUAUUACAAAUUUCAAAAAUGAAACGUCUUUUCCAAAACUUCACUCACUCAUCCAAGAGUGGCUUUAGCCAAGUUUUUUAGAAUGAUAUUACUAAGGUCAUGUGGGGUAAGAGAAACAGUUUAUUUUCCACGGGGCAAGAGUAACAGUAUGAGGAUUCCCUACAAGUGUUUCUCUUGCCAUAAUGUUUAUCUUGGCCUAUCUAACUUUUAUUACAAGAAUAAUAAAAACCUGAACUCUUUCCAUUUUGCUACAAUAGCCUCAAUGCCUGCUGAGACGGGUAUCUAUUGCUGUACCUGUGAAUGGGUUCCAGCAGGCGUUCUACAUGACAUCAAACAUUGUCUUAAAGGGCCUCUGCGAUGUUAGCUUCGGUCCCACGCACGCCCCCAAAGGUCCGGGACCCUAUGGUCCCGACAUAUGGAAAGACGUAAAAAUAAUAAUAGUUCCGCUGGUUGGGAGCUCCUGUUUUAUGAAUAUAAGUUGAAAUAUCUACAUAUACGCCGGUUCAGUACUUACAACAUAAUUUAUUUGCUUUAAUGCUGAUUUUUCAACACCGCUAAUAUUAUCUGGUAAAUAUAAACCACUUAAAGUGCGCGUUUCUUCAAGGCACCUAUACCCCGUUUUUUUUUAAAGUUUAGAAUUUUUCUAACCUCGAAAGUAGUGGUAAUUAAGAUCACUAUUUAGAUAGAUAAUUAACUUUUUCUUCCGAAAUGCUAGGAUUCCUAUGAUGCCUAAUAUUGUGGUACGUGUGGCAAUAUGCGCAUGUAACACCUCAGAAGUUGCAGGCGGCCAUAGGCUGCGGAGACUGCUUACCAUCAGGCGGGCCGUAUGCUUGUUUGCCACCGAUGUAGAAUAAAAAAAAUAUCGUGUUUGUGUGCAUUGCAAGAAUAUAAUUUAUUGUAGGCGGGCAUUUUAAAAAUGUUUUGUCUAUUGGUAUACAUAUUCUGAUAUAAAAACAUAGACAGAUAAUUUUAUUUGCUUUAAGAGAAAUCAAACCUUACCAUACUGUAUGUAUUUUAAUGCUAACUAUAGUAUGUCAUAAUGAAAUUCUUUGUAAAUCACAUGCAUUCCACUUCAUAGAGUUGUAUCAUUUUGUAAGCAGAUUUAUCUACACGGGCGUGGAGCUCAAAUAUAUCUACACAUUGAACUUAUGCAUGAUGUUUUAAGUGGUUUGCUCUCUGUAAUAAUGGAUCGCAUUGUAGAUAUUUAUGAGCUAAUAUAGAUCUGCUUAUAUAUUUUCAUGCGUUAUCAAUUAUCAUUAAAAAUUGCCAACGAUUUAUAUAAUACAUAUUCACGUGUUUUAACGUUUAGACUAACAUUUGCAGGUUGUUUUCUCAAUUUUAAUACUAUUUAACCCAAUCCGUAAUAUAAUGUACUCGAAAAUAACAGUGAAAUUAAAUACUAAGAUUUUCCAAAAUUGCGACGUUCUCAAACAAAAGGUCUUCGGUUUAUUGAUAGAACCACCACACCACAAUCGUGGGGCGAUUUCUAAUUACAUUUAUCUGCUAGUAUGGCAUCUGACUACCAAUUAUGGUACCUUUUACUUGGGAACGACACAAAUGUUUUCUGCUUGCCUUCAGCUCUCUGUAAGCCAUUGAGAUUGUGAUAGUAUGGGAAAACUGCCGGCAGUCGAUAUGAUUAUGACCUUGAUUCUGUUAUAUAAGUUCUAUUUUAGUAAUACAUAUGUACGCGCGACUAAAAAGUAGUAUUUUAUACAAUCGUGAUAUACUGGAGAGCUUUUCAGUCGAGUACCGUGUUAAGGCCACGAAGCUUGCUGAGUGGCCUUAUUUGGUACGAGAUUGAAAAGCUUGAUUAUAUCACUAUUGUAUACAAUACUUUUUCUACAAGUCAACGAAAAUAACACUUUAAACGAUUGUAUAAAAUACUAUUAUGAUAUUUUAUCUGUACCUCAAGGGGAUGGGUGGGGCAUGGGGUAUCAAAUACCGAUACCAUGAAAAAUUUUUUUUGCGUAUUUAUUACUUAAAUGGGACUCUUAUGGAAUUAGCCUCAUGCAUGAAGUUUAUAUUUGAACGAAAUAUGUUUUAUUCGGAUGUUUGUUACCGUUAUAUCAUGUUACAAAUGCAUUUCCGUUUUUAAAUUACCAUUUAAUUACUUAAAAUUAUAAAUAAAAAGUACAAAAAUUUGCCCGCGAAAAGCUAGUGAGCGAAACGCUCGAAUCACCACGUGACGUCACGCGUUCGACAGAUUAGUGUCAUUAGUAGCAAACGUCAGUUGGGCCGCCCAACGUGUGACGUCAUCACGUUCUGUCGAAUUCGCGCCAAAAAUUAUGAGCGUUUCAACAGCUCAAAAAUUUUCAACAUUUUAAAUAUUUUUUAAUAAAAUAAUGUUAAUGUUUACAAAAAUAUUUUUAUCAUUUCCGGUGUUCCAACGAUAUAAAUUAUGAAUCCAAAAAUAAAAAUAAAUUCAUGCAUGGAGCUAAUUAUCAAUAUCUUUUCUGCCCUUUUAUCGAUCUUAAAACACUUGUGAAAUAUACAGUGAACAAUGAAAAUUACAUCUAAUAUCAGUUUGUAAUCGGUGUUUAAAAUAUAACUGUAACUACAAUUUAUUAAGUACACCGAGUGUUGCCAUGAACGAAACGACAUCAGUAUUAAAUAAAUAGUUGUCGUUGUUUAAAAAGUGUCUAGUAAUUAAGGUUCCUUAAAGAUUACACGUUGAUUGUAUUUGUAAAUAAAAACGCUACGAACGUGUAUGAAAACUUGGUAAAAAACCUUUUAGCUAGACUAUAACUACGCAAGCUUAUUUUUCAAACAUUAGAUACAAUAUUAAGGUACCUAUACCCUAUACCUCGUUUUAUUAGCACUAGAAAAAGACUACGCGAUCUUGACGUGUAUUUUAUUGAAAAAUACUCUGAAAAAUAAGUCACACAUUUACAUUAGUUACUAUUUUAAUCAAAGCGUUUUUCAAUAAAAAGACUCGUCAAGAUCGUGUGGUCUUUUGUAAUGCAAAAAAAAAAACAAGGUAUACAAUUACGCUAAAAGCGGUUUAGAUUGUUAACUGGAAGUGAAAUAUCCCACAAUUACCUAAAAACAUGAUCGAUAAAAAUACAGGAAAGCAUGCACUAGGCCUAUAAAUAGAUUAUACGUAACACUGUAGUAAGGACUGUGAUCAGACGGGGGUUGUGAUGGUAUAAAUGUGGGUUUACACCAUUUUUUAAUGCUUUUUAUAUUUUUUAAGUCUGUAGCGUAGUGUCUAUCAAUCCGAAUUUUGCUUUGUACGUUUGUGCCGAACAAUUUCUAGGCUUGGUUAUACGAAUUUUCAAAGUAAUGUUAGUGACCCAGUGUUUGACAGGGAUCCAAUAGUGGUUAAGCUGUCGAACUUAAGACCAACCACCAUGACUUGGGAUAGUGGUGCGAAAUGUUGCAAAGGUAUUGGAGAAUGUAGUUGGAAAUGAGGGACUUGAUUAAUACCUAAACCUACAGAACAAGUAUCUGUGUAGAUGCUAACGUCCUAAGCUUUGUAGUGUUCGCUUACCGUCUGAUGCCACUAUUGUGCUUAUAAACAUUCGUAUAAUUAUGCCCUUAUAUUCCUGCCAGCUUAAGUCUUCUAUUCUUAUAUGUCGGUGUUAUAACCACCUAAGUCUCAAAAUAUAAAAAAGACAAAAAAGUAGAAUUCAACUCUUAUUUCUAAAAACAUUGAUUCAAUUUGCGUUUGUUUGGGACUUAGGAGGGUAAAUGUAGCUAGUGUUGAACUCGACGCGAGCGAAAUAUUUUUGUAAGUAAGUAGUGUACAUAGCGUAUCAUGUCGUAAUCAUCGAAUAUGUAAAUUGGUCAUUUUCAUGUGUUUUAUUGGUGCGUUAAAUGUAACAAUAAGUUAAAGUCAAUUCCAUAAAUCAACAAAAUUUCUAUUUCCAUUCAACUUAAACAUUAUUGAUUGUUAUUUGUUAACAAUGUCAUAGUUUUACUAGUCAUAAAAUGUUUGUACAUAUAUGUAUGUUUGUCAUAUUAUUAUGAAUGCUUGCGCCAAAAGCAAACUGUUUAUGGUUAAUAUUUGUAGACUGGAUUAUGACUAUAAUCCUUAUUCUAAGAAAAAUCAUUUACCGCUAUUUUUACUGUACGCGCCGAUGAAACACAUGGAUAUUUCGAGAACCUCGUAUAAUUAGUAACCUCGAGUAAUGAGCACAAAUAAUGAAUGUUCCCGGUACUAGGUCGUUAUGGCGGAACGGGGAAUUCCCGGUAUAGUAAACCAGUACCAGUACCGGGAGCACUCCCUAAGCACAAACAAUUUAUACAAUGUACAACCAUAAGAUCGUUGAAUCAAGUAGUGUCCAUCACUGUUCUCUGCCAUUUUAGAGUCCAUUACUGGUCCCGCUACCCUGGAGAUCACAAUAUGAAGGUUCUCGGUGGAAUAAAGCAGCGUCAUCAAAUUGUCAUAGCGUUUUUUCCAGUUGGUCUAUAAAACUUAGGUUUACUUAAAUUUAAGAUCUACAUUAUGUGUCAUACUAAGUGUGGUGACGUAACAAAUAAAAGGAAAUUAUGUA